AUGCUCGCGACGUCAAUCCCUGAUGUGCUCGCUGAAUCGCAGCGUGCUUAUGGCGAACAGCUCGCUAAUUGCCAAACUUUGAGAGAAGACAUGGACGACGCGAUUGCGCUUCUCAAAGGCGAUCUCGAACAGUUCGCUUCCUCGGUGGGCGAUGCUGGUGGUCAUCGUGCCGAGGCUCCCGAGGGGCACUCAGUCAGGGAUAGGGUGGACGACGGAGCCUCGUCAGAUGGUUCUUCGAACGACUCUGCGUCUAAUGUGGCGUUGGACGAGACCGCUGCUUCCAGUCAGAGGCGGUUGGACGAGAUGGCGGGCGCCAUCGACGCAAAUAUUUCAUCCUCUGUCUUUUCUGCUGUUUCAGAGCUCGGGCGCGGGCUUGCCAGCGCGCUCGGCGGGAUGGUCCAGGCCGUGCUGCCGACCAUCGCGGAGACGGCGCCUCCGAGUCUGCUGAAACUUCUGCUUCCUACUGUGGAGGAACGUCUCUGGAAGAUAAUGGAUCUGUGUUCACUUGGGGACAAGUGGCUGGAAGAGGAUAUUCAGGGCGCCAACGAAAGCCUGCUCCAGCAGCUCUCCACGGUCCAGGAGUUGACCAGCUGCCUGCGUGCAGAAGUCAGCACGUUUUCCGAUCGCAUAGAGGUAGUACAGGCGGCUCGGCGCACAGCUGGCAGCUUUGCGGGUGGGCUUGCCGCUGCCCGGUCCGUCUACGGCGCGCAGGGCCGCGAUAUCGACGUCCUGCCACUUAGCUACGCCAAGUUCGAUGAGAUCGCUGCUGGGGCCGAGGUUUUCGAGCGUCUGGAGGUGCUCGAGUCGUUGGGCCACCAUGGCGUGCCCUCUGAGCCACCUAUGAUUGACUGGCGGCGCCGACGGCUCGUCUGCCUCGCGGUCUGCGGGUACGUGCACGGCUACUCGCUCCGCUUUCCCUUCGUCUUCCUGUGCUGCUUCACUUGCGAGGUGCGCUUGUCGGCGCAGGCGACGCGGGAGCUGGAGCGGGAGAAGAGGAAGGCCCUGUGGGGCGCAGGCCCCGACUGCUUCGUCGACCUGGAGAGCGGCCGGGACCGCCCGACGGCGAACGGCUGGGAGCACGCGUUCGACGCGUCCAAGACCAGGCAGAAGUUUCUCCGUCUGCUCGGCGGCGGGGAGCUCGCCGACGACAUCAGGCGGAAGGAGGUGGAGGUCGUCAGCGACGCUUCCGACGCCUCGGAGGAGCGGGCCAUAGAUGAGGCGGACUUGCCCACGGACUGCCCCGUGUUCGAGUUUAGCGAGGGCCAGGGCGACUUGGUGGCGGUGCCAAAUCCUGGCUGCCCCGAGGGCGAGAAGGCGCGGUGCCACCUCCACGAGAAGCCCAGGGAGGGCUGCAAGCUCUGCCAGAGACACAAGGAGUCCUUGGCGAAGGCAAGCUUCCUCGCGCCCCUGUCCCCCCGGCAGCCAGCAGCCAUGGCUUCGGAGGAGGCACCGCCAUCGUGGGUUCAGCAGCUCACGUCUGGCAUGAACACCAUGAACUCGAGGAUGAACGAAAUGCAGCUCGCAGGCAACAACAGUUUCGAGCAAGUGGGCUCUGACAUCAGCGCUGUUGCCUUCCGUCUCGACAUCUUGGAGGCGCGGAUGGAGGUCAUGCAGAAAGGUGCCGACAAUGCCGUGGAGGAGGCGGCUUUUGCGUCGGAGCGGGCUCAGUACAUCAACAAGCUCGAGACCACUGCUGACCAUAUCAAGGAUUCUCUCGAUGUGCUCACCUCGGAGUUCAGCACUAUGGACGAGCCGAUGAUGGCCAGUACAUUGCGCCGCGCCGCUGAACAAGUUCGUCUUCAGCCAGUGCCACUUGCCUACAACGCCCAGUGCGUGAUCAAGGCCUUCGAGAUGAAUCGCAAAGCGAUCUUCGAGUUUGGGGUCGCCUCACAUGGAAGUGAUUUCCUGAGCAAUUUCGACGUCAACACUGCCUUCCCAGACCUUCGUGGCGGCCGGCUUGGUCUGGCUAUGGGCAAGAUGAGGAACAAGUUGGAAACCCUCUUGCGCUCCAAUGACUACCAGGUCGGCUCCAACGGUUGGGUGGCGACAUUUACGUGCUGCGCAGCUUGGAGGAUCCCGUUCGCGUUGCCCACCUCACGCCCCGCGAUGUCUCAUAACAUUCACGUGAACCUUGAGCUUCCUGCGCUUCCUGAGUUUGGACUGGAUGCCCAUGCAGACGCGCUGCUCAAGGCGGCGACAGUGGCCCUCAGGCUAAGCGCCCCGCCGCCCUGGGGACCGAGCGCGGGCCAGAUCGCCGCCGCCGGCCCCUGCGACGCGCGCGGCGCCGAGCGCAAGCUCAGCACCGUGCGGCGCCUGCGGCGGCUGCCCAAGACGCUGGCGGGGCGUCGCGCGGCCCGCCAGGCUGCAAGAGUGUCGGAGCUGGGCAGGUAUCGAGUCAGGAGGAUCGAGGCGGAGGCCCACCAGGUGAGGCUCAGGCUGGUCAGCGCCACCAUCGACGCGAUGGACGCCGAGGCGGAGCUGGCCAAGCAGCAAGGGCGCGGUCAUACCAAACUUGAGUAUUCCCAGCCGCACCUCAUCCAUGGGCCUAUCAACUGGACGACCAACCAGCGAGGCAACUGUGAAUUUCGAACCGUAGCGUUAAGCAGAGAGCAGUGCGACAUAUACUCCUGA